GAGCACGCGAUAACAACUGAUUACGAGUCACGUGUUACGUCACCAAGAUAACCUAUCAUCGUCGCAUUUGAUCGAAACCUUUAAUUCUUUACCAUGAGUGUCUCUCGGCUGCAGCCCUGUAUCCAGCUUCCUCUCUCGGAGGACGUGCUGAGAGAAAGCGUGGAUAAAGCGAAAGACUGGACGCUUAUGCACGGAAUAUCCGUACGGUCCAAGAAACAAUUUAGCAGAGAUCAGAUACAGGUACUACCAUUCACACUGUUACCAUCUAGCUUCCCUCGAAAGUGUUUCAAGAGUGUAAAAAAUGUGCAGACUUUAUUAAAUAGGCUCGUUCACAGGGUUGCUUAUGACCGGGAGUUUAUUACAAAUAGCUUAAGAAGCACGAUCCAAGCAGACCCAUUCACAGCAAAGUUGUUCCAGAUUUAUGAGACAGUCUACAACGAAGGUUUCAGCCAAAACAUAAGCCUUGGAUUGUUAAGAUCGGAUUAUCUGUUGCACGGGAGUUUGAGCGAUGAAAUAAAGCAAGUCGAGAUAAACACCAUAGCGUCUAGCUUCGCUGGCAUUAGCACUGCCGUGUCUGAAUACCAUAAGUAUAUCUUAGCAGAAUUAGGACACGCAAAGGAAGCGGAUGAUAUUCCAGAUAACAAUGCCCUUACUGGAUUUUGCGAGGGACUGGUAUACGCGUGGCGAUUGUACAAUGACGAGGAGGCUAUUAUAUUGUUUGUUGUUGAGGAUGUGACUUACAAUAUAUGCGACCAAAGGUUCCACGAAUUUAAGAUCCGUCAAAUAAAUCCCAAAAUCAAGAUUAUCAGAAGGAGUUUAACGAGUCUGGCAUCAGGAGGAUUAAAUCUGGGGCAAAACAAGGAAUUAAUUGUUGCAAAUCAGAGAGUGGCUGUGGUUUACUAUCGUUCCGGUUACGAACUCGAAGCUUAUCCUACGGAGAAGGAAUGGGACGUUAGAUUGCUGAUUGAACGUUCCCGAGCGAUAAAAUGUCCGUCGGUACAGUAUCACCUGGCAGGCACCAAAAAAGUACAACAAUCCCUGGCUCAAUCUAGCGUCUUGAAAAACUUCUUGGAGGACGAGGAAUCCGUUGCUAAAGUGCGAGAAGUGUUUACCGGCCUGUACACAUUAGACUUUAACGACGACGGAGAGAGAGCAGUGGCGAUGGGCAUAAAGGAGCCGAACAGGUUCGUUCUGAAACCGCAGCGGGAAGGCGGCGGAAAUAACGUGUACAACGACGAGAUAAGGACGCGGUUGGACUCGAUGAAGGACUCGCAGGAAAGAACUGCAUGGAUUCUCAUGGAUCGUAUUUUUCCUGCUUUGCAGACGAACUAUCUGAUACGCGCCGCCGAGGAGCCGUCAAGAGAUAACGUCGAUUUGUCGGACGUCGUGACGGAACUCGGCAUAUACGGAGUGAUAGUGGGGGACAGUAAUCAGAUAAUGCUUAACGAGGAAGUUGGGCACAUUUUAAGGACGAAAUUGGCGAGCGAGGAUGAAGGCGGGAUUGUGGCAGGCGUCGGUGCCAUUGACAGUCCUUAUUUAAUAUAAAACAAACUGAUCUCUAGAGAAAUAAUUGCUGUAAAUAUAAUAUAUUUGCAACAAUCUGAUUAUACACACGAUAUCUACAAAUAUGUGAUACACGCCAAUUGGUUACGCUGUAAAUAUUAUAAUUAUUUUCUUUAUUGUCUUUAUCCUUAUGAUACUGUGUUUCCUGAACACUUUUUAAUAUUGUCUACUUUUGCACGAGAUUGCGGGAAUAUCGAAUAACUCGUUAGAAAAUCGAACUUCUACACUUUUCAUUGCAUUUAAAACGAAACGGGAAAUAGACUGAUUAAAAAGGUUUACUUUACAAAAUAUGAAAAGUUAAAAUGGAUUUCUUCAUCAUUAAUUCGCCUGUAUUGCUAAAUUCUUGCUAGACCUUAGCCGAUAAAAAUUUUAUUCGGCUUUGCACAAAGUUAUAAAAAUGUAAUCCUAACUUAUGCAGAAUGUAUAUAAUAAACAAUAUAUAUAUAUAUAUAUAUAUUAUAAUAUAGAUAUAAAUACAUAUAUAUGUACAAAAUGUUGGCAGCCUUUAGCGCUCAAAACAUUGAUAUCGUUGCGAGAAUAAAUAUAUUUUAAUAUUU